AUGGAUCUUCAAGACAAAUAUCCUAAAUGUCAAGCUUAUCCACCAGUACCUAAUUGGUACACUUCCAAUGUCACUGCUAUUAUAGAACCACACUUUUUUGUGUAUGCAACGCGUAACAUCCUUGUCAUACUUGGCUUAAAAGACUUUCGAUACUUCAAUUCUAUUACAGCAGCGAAGGAAAAAAUAAAUGCCAUUGAUGCCCAUGACGUCUUUUGUUAUGUGGGAGGCGCGGAUAAAACAGUACGUGUUUGGAACAUAGUAGCCAAUUCUUUGACCACUUCACAUGCAGUACAUAAAGCAGAAAUAACAGCACUCAAAGUCAUCAGGAAGGGAACAGUUAUCAUUUCUGGAGACAAGACAGGCAGAGUUGUUGUCGCUGAGGCAUUUAGAAAAGAUCAAACGAUAUCAGCCAAGGUGAAUUCAGAAGUGACUUGCAUUUCUACCGUUCAUUGUGAUCACACAGAUUAUGCAGCCAUUGGAUACGGAAAUGGCAUUGUUCUGAUUGAGGAAAUAGCAGAGAAUUUAGAAUUAAAGACAGUGUAUCAGCUCAGUAGUGAGAAUGAUCCAAUCAUGUCUAUUGAUUGGCAAAAGAAGUUUUCUGAGGGUCGGUGGCCGUGGUUAGCCUACAGUACAAAACGAUUGAAGCGCAUCGUCAUUUAUGAUAUCCCCUCACAGGCAGAGGUUGCACCGAUUCAUUUACCAAAACCGCCUGCAAAGGCCACGGGUCAACAAAUAUCGUCAGCUUGGAUCGAAGUGUCGUGGUCUCCUUGUGCUGAGAAUAGGCUGUAUGUAACAAGUUAUGUUGGAACGAUUCUCGUGUUUGAUGUUGCUCCAAAGGCAGCCAGAAUACGUAAUCAAGAAAGAAUGGAAAAUCAUAGUCGUAAUGUGUUUUCUAUCAACUGGUACAAUGGAGGAACGAAUUGCAUCACCACUUCAUUAGAUAGUCAAGUCAUAAAGUGGAAUGUCAACAAUCAAAAGUGCCUGCAGGUGAUGAAAACUCACGCGGCAUUUCCAUAUGCAUUAGAUAUAUCCCCUACCGCACCUUAUCGAUUGUCCAUUGCCAUGGGCGAUAAUGCCAUAAAGCUAUGGGAUUUUCAAAAAAAUGAAUCUGUCAUGGGAUCAAAGGGAGAAAAUCAUAACUAUUACACUAGCUCUAUUGUUUGGAAGGGCUUACAAGGAAAGACGUUAAGGAUUUUAUGUCAUCCUUCAAAGGAAGGCCUAGUUGUCUUUGGAAAUGAGUAUGGACGUCUUGGUCUUUAUGACACUUUGAAUCAACGAUAUACAUAUUUCAAACAACUCUACAAAUCAAUGGAGUGUCCAAUGAUCGCUUGGGGGUUUGAUCUAUCAACUUGUCUGUACGAUAUGGAAAUGACAGACACACUGAUAGUUUGUAGCAGCAACGAUGUCAGCAUUUAUGUCUAUAAUAUCAAUCAGCUGAAUCAACCAGCUAUCAUGUUGAACGAUAUUUUAGAGCAGCGUAAUCCUUUGUGGUAUGGUACUCUCAAAUCCAAGAAUCAUGUCCAUCGAACUUGUAUGGCAGUUGAUAAAAAGUGUAUAGCAUUCGGUCAUGUGGAUGGGGUUGUUGAAGUAUAUUAUCGCAGUACAUUACAACUGGUGUAUGUGUCUAACUUUCAUCGUCAAAAAAUAACGGCAAUGGAUUGGAAAGAUGAUUAUCUUGCAACUGCUUCUGAGCAAGGCAUUGUAGCUAUUCAUGAUUUAACAAGCCGAGUGGCAGACAGUGCAGGUACGGUCUUACCUACCUCCGUAAUUUACAAGUCUAUGCAGUGCAGUCAAAAGGCCAUCACUGUUUUGAAAUGGACGCAUGAGCCAAACAAGCAUGUCUUGGCUGCUGGUCUUCAAGACGGCCAUAUUGUUGUAUGGGAAAUGGAUAAAAUAAUCGCUGUGUUUGAUCAGCAUCGAGCAUCCAUUUUAUCCAUCUGCUGGAGUCACUGUGACCAACAUGUCUUAUUCAGUAGCAGUGAAGAUAGGUUUAUAUACCAAUGGAGCUAUAUGGAUUAUAAAGUGUCGACACCCAUAAAGUUCGGCAGCUCUUUGUACGAUAGAGAAAUGACCAGAAUAAAUCAACAUGGCAGUAAGAACAACAAGCGAAAGAAAGAUGGGCAAAUGGAUUCAAGACCGUCCGAUUUGAAAAAGCAAAAAGUAAUGGAAGUCAACAAAGACAUGAUGAUCUCAACAUUGCAAUCGGAAAAAUCGGCCAGCAGGUUGAAUAAAGAAAGAAAAUGCAUGUAUCUGGCCAAUGUGAUGUUUGAUGGUCGAAUUGAAGCAGUGAUAAAGGAGCUGAUAAUGGUUGAACUUAAUGAACAAGAGCGAUCCGAUCCAUUAGUUAAUCAGUAUGCGGGCAUAUUUACAGCAAGUGAUAACCAUGAACCUGAUAUAUAUGAAUUCUUAUUCGGAGACAAGGAGGAUGCCUUUCAACUUGCUCGAAUUGAAGAAAAAUCAAUCCAGACAAAAACAAAUACUCAAUCGAUCAAUGAUAUGAAUAUUGGCUUUGACAAACAAUUGGCAAUGAACUUGAUGCUUUCCCAAGUAGAUACACUCUUUAAUGAAUCCAAGAGUAGCAUACUUGAUUGGAUAGUGUUAGCAAUGAGCCCACAAGCUGGUAAGGAUGUCUGGAUAGACCUUAUGAAAAAGCAAGCAAAAAAGAUGGAAAGAGAGAAUCAGUAUCACUUGGCAGCAAGUUGUUACAUUGCAUGUUCACAUAUUUAUGAUGCCAUUGAAAUAUACCAACGAUAUAGUUUAUAUAGAGAAGCUAUUAUUCUAGCCAAGUUAAGAUUACCCAAGGAUGAGCAGUUGUUGAGCGAACUGUACUUGAAAUUAGCAAGUCAGUUUCAAACAGGUGAAGAAGAUCAGCUGGCUGCUAUUUGUUACUUACUAUCCAAGGUGCCUGGGUCGAUUAAUAAUACAAUUGAUCUUCUAUCGAGGACAAAUCAGGAAUCGGGUUUAUUUUAUUCGCUUUGUUUAUCAGUUGUAACAGAGAACAGUGAUAUAUCUGAACAACGAAAGUCAAAGUGGAUAAAAGUAUUAAGGGAGCGUAUUGCUUGA